CCUCGGCCUCCCAAUUAACAAAGUUUAUGAAACAGUUAUGAAAAGAGAUGCCGAGAACUACUUAUGGUGAGUGGUAAGUCAAAGAAUUCUGUAACAUAUAUAAAGGGAGGUACCUGGUAAGAACUUCAAGAGGAUUACUUUGUACCAUCUUUCAUUCCUUGAGCCAUUUCAUCAUCAUCAUCAUCAUCAUCAUCCAUCACCACCAUCAACGAGACUAACAUCGAACUUUGAUAACGUCAUUGACCGACAAUAACAACAUUCGCCAGCCACAACGACGUUGACAGCAAUAACAACCUUCGACAACAAUAACGAUAUUGACGAAUCCCAUCUCACCACGAUUCUAGGGGACCUACACCUAUAUAAAAGUACAGGUAUCAUAGACCUGCGACUACAGCGAUACAGAAACACAGGACUACAGACCUACGCACUAUACAAUCCAGAGCACAGAAACACCGGAUAUUUUCCUUUUCCCCAACAAAAUGCCACCACAGUUGACGAUCCACCACCUCCGAGUGUCCCAAUCCGAGCGUAUAGUUUGGUUGUGUGAAGAACUUGGGAUCUCUUAUACCUUGAAGUGUUACGACCGAUCACCCCUUUUGGCACCACCCGAACUCGCAUCUUUGACUCCAAUGCACACUGCUCCUGUCAUGAGCCUUGCUUCGUCCACGACUGAAAAACCACUGAAUAUUACCGAAUCAGGUGCCAUCGCAGAGUACAUUUUGUCGGUGUACGGGGGCGACAAUUCCGGUCUGGCCCUCGCCCCGACGCACCCCGAUUUCCCUCAUUACCUUUUUUGGUUUCACUUCGCCAACGGUACCCUCACUCCGGCGUUGGGUCGGAAAAUGUUCAUGAGGCUCGCCGACCCCACCCUCGAAAGACCGGUUCAUGCUUGGAUGGAAGCCGCCGUCACAAAGGCCUUGGUGGCCAUGGAUGACCGUCUGGCGCACACAAAGGCAUGGUUGGCAGGCACAGACUUCACCGCGGCCGACGUCAUGAACGUUUUUGGAGUCACCACCAUGAGGACGUAUUCACCCGUCGACCUGGCACCGUACCCCAACAUUUUGGAUUGGUUGAAGCGCGUCGCCGACAGAGAAGCGUACCGUUUGGCCAUGGAAAAGGGUGACCCGGACAUGGAUUGGAAAAAGGGAAUGAGCCCAGAAGGUCCCGACGUGCACGAGGCGUGGAAGGAGGUGGAGAGACAGUCUGGUGUCGUGGAGGUCCCAAAAGAUAAAUCCUAAGACAAUGGGAAGGCAGAAUGCGAAUGCGAAUGCGAAUUGUAAUGGUGAAUGUCAUCACGACUGCAUAACAUCACCUCUUUUUUUUCUUCUUCUUCCCCAUAGUUGAAUAUCUCAUCUCCUUUCGGGUUUGAAUGUUGAAAGUAGGAU